AUGGAUUUUGACGCUUUGGGCUGUGGAAACGUAACAUCUCUUGUUUCAUCUGAUGAGAUUUUGGGAGAUUUGGUUCGUGCUGAUGAUUCUUCUCAAGGUAAUCUUGAUCUUAAUAGACCUUUCACUUCUUAUCAGCAUCACGAUGAAGAUUGGCUCAGAGACUUCAGUUGUUGA